AAUCCUGCAGAGAUGAAGUACUUGGUGUUUGUGCUCCUGGUGGCUGCCGCUUGCGCUUCUGAGGUGGAGAAGCGAGAGGCGGAGCCAAGUCGUGCCUAUAACUAUGGCUACGGUCUCCACCACCACGCCUACUACCCCCGCACCUACUAUCACCCCUACCACAACUCUUACCACCACCACCACAAGAGGUCCGCUGAGCCUGAGGCCGAAGCUGAACCUUCUUACGGUUCCUACCACUACCGAGGCUACUACCGCCCCUAUUCCUACGGAUACCAACCACACCACUACACUCCCUACGUCCACCACCACCACAAGAGGUCCGCUGACCCCGUUGCUGAGGCCGAACCCAGCUACGGCUACGGCUACAAGUCCUACCACCCCGUGUAUCCCCGUUACUACCACUCCUACCACCCACACUCCUACUCCCCCUACGCCCACAGCCACCACAAGAGGUCCGCUGACCCCGUUGCUGAGGCUGAACCCAGCUAUGGCUACGGUUACAAGACCUACCACCCACGCCCCUACCACUCCUACCGCCCACACUCCUACCACGCCUAUCCUUCUUACGGCCACACCCACUACGGCUACCACUGAGGCACCAGGAGAAUCAUAACUUAAUCCCAUUUUCAUGAGCUUUACUAGCAAAGCAAAACUUCUUUAGCAAAAAAUAAACAUUAUUU